GAUUCAAGAAUUCGACGCACUCUUCCUGAUGACCACCGCCAUCCGAAGCAGCGUCACAGUGUUGGGUUGGACGAUGGCCCUGCUCUUCAUUUGCCAGCUUCUCUUCGCUUUGGUGGUACAGCAAAUCCUGUUUGGCUUCUACUUCGACCCUAGUGCUGCAAACCAGGAGGGCCAGCAUCGCGUCUACGAGUACUUCGGGACUUUCACGCGCUCCUUGUU